CAACACACCCAGUUCUUUUAAACUAAACCUUUUACCUUCCACUUAUUUACGUCCUCUAGCUUGCCCUCUAAAGCUUAAAUAAAAUAUUUUUUGCAUAAAAAAUACCCUGCCAAUUUUCCAAGUUAAUAACAAUGAACUGCUCAAGGUUUGGAGCUAUUGUAGUAAAAUUAAAACAUAUUAAAUAUAGUAAUGUCUCCGGAUUGAGAUUAUUUAGUUCAACGGGCAAGCAUGCCAAGGUCGCCGUUCUCGGUGCAAAUGGGAGUAUCGGACAACCACUGUCCCUGCUUUUAAAGAUGAACCCGCUCGUGGAAGAGUUGGCCUUGUACGACGUAGUCCAUCCGCAGGGUGUGGCUGCAGAUUUGGGUCAUGUUCCGACAUCCUGCGACAAAGUGACUGCGUUCGGUCCGGGUGAAAUAAUGGGGGCGUUGAAAGACGCGAAAAUUGUUCUGUGCGCGGCCGGAUCGCCGAGAAAGGCCGGAGUCACGAGGGAAGAACAGUUCAAACUGAAUUCUAAAGUGGUCAAGGAGUUAGCGAAAUCUUGCGCGGUUAUGAAUCCUGGCGCGAUUUACUGCAUAGUGACGAACCCGAUAAACAGCACUGUUCCACUAUUCUGCGAAAUCUUUAAAAGCGCUGGAGUUCUUAAUGAGGCUAAAAUUCUUGGGAUUAGUAAUCUCGAUGCGAUGCGAGCUGGAGCUUAUAUCGCAAAAGAAAAGGGAUGGCAAACUUCCGAUAUCAAUUGUCCCGUCGUCGGGGGUCACUCUGGGAGUACAAUCAUCCCAAUUAUAUCCCAGUGUAAACCAGACCCUCAAUUAAGCGAUGAACAAGUCAAGUUAAUUACGCAUGAGAUACGGGAAGCCGGUGCUGAAAUCGUGGCUGCCAAGAAAGGUUCUGGAACCGUGGCGUUAUCCAUCGCCUGGUCUGCUCAUCACUUUGUCGACGCCUUGUUAAGAGCCGUCGUCUCUGGCGAGAAAGGAGUCGUGGAGUGUGCCUACGUCAAAUCGGUGGCGGUGCCGGAGUGCAAAUAUUUCAGCAAUCCGAUCGAACUCGGGGUGGACGGAGUCUCUAAAAAUCUUGGGUUACCGCAGCUCAACGCGUAUGAAAAAUAUUUAUUAACAAAAUGCAUCCCUUCGUUGAAUCAGCACAUUCGCGCCGGCGAGGAGAGUGCUGCACAACGCUAGAAAAAUUUGCUGAAAAAAUGCAUUGACAAUGGUGUUGAAAAAUUUAUGCAGUAAUAUAUGUAUGUAUUAAAUAGGGAGAUGUUAGUUGGGUAUGGAAAUCUGGAUGAGUUAAUGGCAAAUAAAUUGAAAACGUACAGGCAAAA